AUGGGGUUCGGUGUGCUGGAAGACAAGCACAUGGCGAUGCCUCCGGGCACCGCCACCAUCAAUUCCACGGAAACAGAGGGUACGAAAUGGGCGCGGAAGGAACCAACGGCCAGCACAGAUAUGUCGCCGGUCUGGAAAGAGACGAUUAUGGUUAUCCUGGCGUUUAGCUCGGGUGUGACGACUUCGCUUGGGCCAAUGAUCACGCCCGGACUGCAAAUUGUGGCGAUGAAGUACAAUGUUAGCAUAGGAAUGGUUACCAGUUUACUCAUCGGCUUCCUCGCCUUUUGGAUCGGGUUUACCACCUUCUUCACCGCAGCCGGGGCCAAUAUUUGGGGUAAACGGCCAUUCUUUGUCAUCUCCAUUGUUAUUCUGCUCGGCACCAAUGUGUGGGGUUACUUUGGAACCUCGUUCGCCUCGCUGGCCGUGAUGAGAGCGAUACAGGGAAUGGCCUCGGCGCCACUCGAGACCCUGGUGACGUCGACGGUGUCUGACCUGUUCUAUGUGCACCAGAGGGGUACUCGCAUCAGUCUUUGGGGGUGUAUGCUUGCCAGCGGUGUGCUUCUCGGUCAAAUCAUUUCUGGCACAAUCAUCCAGAACCUUUCGUUUGAAGCCACGUUUGGCAUCUCGGCGCUCAUCUACAUCCCCCUCUUCUUCGGCAUCUACUUCUUCGUGAUCGAGACGACUUACAAUGGACCCCGGCCGACAGCUACAAAGGUCAUUCCGGACGAAAAGGACCUGUCAUUCCUGGACGAGGACGAGCCGAAGCGCUCAUAUAGCCAGAGUCUAAGUAUAUUCAACGGCCGUCUGUCGCAAGAGUCAUUCUGGAAGAAUGUCUGGAAACCACUCCCUCUGAUCGCGUACCCAGCAGUGCUGUUCUCCACCGUUGUGUUUGCAUCGUACUUUGCUUGGCUGCUCACCAUCUCGGUUCUCUCCGUCAGCAUCUUCUCUGCACCGCCAUACUCUCUUGGACCGGCUGACAUUGGACUGACCAACAUCCCACUACUGGGUGUCUCGCUCAUUGGCUCCCCGCUCUCUGGAUGGCUAGCAGAUGCAGUUGCAAAAGUCAUGGCACGCAGAAACAACGGUAUCUUUGAGCCGGAAUUCCGUCUGGUGCUCAUGAUUCCAGCGACAGUCUUUGCCACCCUUGGCUUCAUAGGCUUCGGUAUCAGCGUCCAGCAACAGUUGCCUCUUAUCUGGCCGCUGACAUUCAUGUCUAUCCAUGCUCUGUCGGUUCCUUUUGCAUCUACGGCAUCAUUGGCCUAUGUCAUUGAUUGCCAUCCUCGCGAUGCUAAUCAAGCUUUCGUAACCAUCAACUUUGCAAAGGCCAUUUUCACUUUUGUUGCAACGACCUAUGCCAAUGGCUGGCUGGCGCAGGCGGGACCUCGUGGUGUCUUUGAUACCAUUAGUAUAAUCAACACUGGCAUUUGUGCCAUGACAAUCCCAGCCUAUAUAUUUGGCAAGAGGUUCAGAAGUUUGGUCGCCCGGAGCAACUUUGGCCAGAAACUCUCGGCAUAA